AUGGACUCUGUUAAAUCGAGCGAAAGUUUGCGAGAAGCGUUGUCUGAAACAGAAACGAGCAGUUGGAGCACGGGAAUUCUGCACAUUGGAAGAGCAUUACUGGAAGCAGCGAGGCACAAUGUUGCCCUGGAUAUUCCUCCUCAUUCAGAUUUCGUAGGUGAUGAAAAAGCAAAUGACAAACAACAGAAUGGAACUGUGUUAAACAUCAAUAAUGAGUGUGAUCAAGGUGCAGUCUUAUUGGAAGGCAAUAAAAUGGUACAGUUACAUUCAAUAACUCGUAUCCUUCAUUAUCAUAUCAGUGGUUUCUUAAGAAAUAAUCAGUUUCAUGGCAUUCCUUUGCAGGUUAAACUGGACUGCUUUGAAUUCGCACAAAUCUCGCCGUAUUUCCGUGCGGCAUUCUUUGGAAACUUUGAAGAAGCAAGAACGAAACAGAUCAUGUUCGGUGAUCCUGAGUCGGAUAAAUUUUUGAAUUGUUUGGAAUUUGUUCGACAUUUGAUCAGUGACGAUAAAGAGAACAUUGAUCCAUCGCUCACAUCGAUCAGUAUCGAAAAAGCUCUCGAAGUAAAUUUGAUUUGGAUAUUGGAUAGCAGUAUUGAGACUGUUCAUUUUCAGUUACUGGAUAUUGCCUCAUAUCUUCUGAUAGAACCGGCACUUCAGGUGUUGUCAGAUCGAAUCAUAGGCAUAACACCAGCAUCGAAAUUAGUUGCUGUUUAUCAUUAUGCUGAGAAUCGCUAUCAUCCACUUGCAAAACGGUUAUGGGACUUGAUUGUUCGAGAAUUUGAUAAACUCCUGGCGGGCGACGCAUACUUCGACCUGACAGAAGAAGAGAUUAUAAGACUGCUUAAAGAUAAACAUCUGAAUAUUGGACGUACUGAAGAAACGGUAAUGGUUGAACGCUGGAUUAAGGAAAAUCGUUGGAAUGGAAACAGUGUUGACAUUUUACAACGGUUUCUGGAUAACGCGAAGAAUACUGGCGUUGGAUAUUAUGAGUUUGGUUCGAGGAUACCGAAUAGUGUCCUCGUUGCGAGUGAUAUACAGUUAUUUGAAACACCUCGGGCAUAUCACGGUGUUGUGAACACUGGAAAGGAUCUGUUUACGAUUGGAGGAUUCAAUGGGACGAAUUAUUAUCGCUCGACAAGAAAAUUCAAUUUAGAUACACAGGAACUGGUGGAGAAAGCUCCAAUGUAUGACCAACGCUGUUAUGUGGCUUGUGCACGAUUGAAUGAAAAUCAAAUUGUUGCGUUAGGAGGUUUUGCCUUUAAUAAACUAACUCUAAGGAGUGACGGUCAUUGCAUAGUCAAUGAUGAUAAAAUCUAUGCGAUCGGUGGNGAGGGGAAUCAGCAUCAGUCAUAUUUAAAACUUGCAAAUUCCUAUCGGUAUUCCGAGCGCUCCGGAGUUCGGGCUGCAGUUGUGGAGGGAGCACUUUGUGUAUGUGGUGGUUUCGACGGAUCAGUUCGGUUGAACUCAUGUGAAUUUAUUGAUUUACGAGAAGGACAUUGGCAUUCUUUGCGACCAAUGAGCAAUCCGAGAUCGAAUUUUGGUAUCGAAACACUGAAUGAUCAAAUUGUCGUAGCUGGAGGGUAUGCGGGUGCAGUUGGUACCAUCUCCGAGGUGGAACAGUUCGACUUUAGAGCGGAUGCGUGGCUGCCUCUGCCUUCGAUGAGCAUGCGACGAUCUGCUGUUUACUUGACCAGAAUCGAUAGCCAUCCUAUUAUUGAGAAACUUGUUAGACCGAGUGGUAAUAAUACCAACAACAAUAUGAUUAGCAAUAUUAAUAUGAUGAAUAAUAACCACGAUAACAAUAAUAACAACAACGAAAAUAAUAUUGACGAGAUUGAUUAA